AUGAUGAUUGCGAUUUCAGGGACAAUUUAGUUUCGCAAUAGAGGCAAUAGUCGAGGCACUCAACUUAUUAUACUGCAGGCAAUUCGCUGGUUGGAGUUGACCCGGAGGCACUUCCGGCUGAACCGAUCUCUCCCCGGGAGGUCCUGGUUGCACGAGCGCCCAUUCUACAUAAAAGACCAGGACCUGCCGUUGCCUAGAAUCGAAUCAACUACAUGAUCGCGAUCGGGUCAGAAUGGCAACUACCAAGGAGCAGCAACAGAACAGUGACUCGACCGAGCUCCUGCUCAAGAGUCUCGAGGGCAGCAACACGCUGCCUCUAUGGACGCAAAUGGCUCGGCUGAACCCCCCAGAGCCGAAUCCAACGGCGGUGCCCUUUGUCUGGAAGUAUCAGUCCAUCCGCCCGAGUCUAUUGCGGGCAGGCGAGCUUAUCACGGAGAAGCAAGCUGAACGGCGGGUACUUAUGCUCAUUAAUCCGACCAGAGACGCGCCAUACACAACAGACACCCUCUACGCCGGUCUUCAGCUCGUGAUGCCCAACGAGACCGCCCCCGCACACAGACACACGGCCUUUGCAAUGCGCUUCAUCAUCGAAGGGAACGGCGGGUUUACCGCGGUGCACGGCCGGCGCAUUCGGAUGCAACAGGGCGAUGUGAUCCUCACCCCGACGUGGAACUACCACGACCACGGCAAGGAUGGCUCCGGGCCCAUGAUCUGGUUGGAUGGGUUGGAUCUUCCAAACUUUCGGCACUUCCCUGUGCACUUUGUGCAGCAUUUUAGUGAGGUGCGGUAUCCCGCCGAGGACCUGGAUAGUGAUAACUCGCCGUUGGUCUUUCCGUGGAAGGUUAUGAAAGCUUCGCUGGAUGAGCUUCCGGGGGAUUGGGCAGUCAAGAGAUACCUGCGAUCGGGGCAGCGAGAAGUGAGCCGCGUCCUUGGUGGUUGUGCAGAGAGGCUGAAUGCCGGCUGCGCCUCUGCAGCGCGUCGUGAGACCACAUCGGCAGUGUACCAUGUCAUUGCGGGAAAGGGCCAUUCUGUAGUUGGAGAGCAGACCUUCGAGUGGGUCAAGGGUGACACGUUCUGCGUGCCUUCUUGGUACAGAUACCAGCAUUUUGCUGCGGCGGGGGAGACAGUCUACCUGUAUCGCUUUGACGACAUGCCCAUGAUUGAGGCAUUAGGCUUCUACCGCUCCGAGGAGAUGGACGUGGAGUCGCUUGUCAGAGAUUAG